GUGUGACGUCACGAGCGAGCGACAUGUGUGGGCGGUGGCGUGGGUCACGUGAGCGCGGGGGGAGGGCGCGGGCAGCGCCGUGACAGAGGGGUGGGGGGGCGGACGAGCGUCCGUCUGUCCAUCCGUCCGUCUGACCAUCGACCCACCGACCAGCCGCCACCAUGCAGAACGUCAUUAACACCGUCAAGGGGAAGGCCCUGGAGGUCGCCGAGUACCUCACACCCGUGCUCAAGGAGUCCAAGUUUAAGGAAACUGGAGUAAUUACACCUGAAGAAUUUGUCGCAGCUGGAGAUCACUUAGUUCACCACUGUCCCACUUGGCAAUGGGCUUCAGGAGAAGAACUAAAAGUCAAGGCUUAUCUGCCAACAGACAAACAGUUCUUGGUAACUAAAAAUGUGCCGUGCUAUAAAAGGUGUAAGCAGAUGGAGUACUCAGAUGAGCAGGAAGCAAUUAUAGAAGAAGAUGAUGGUGAUGGGGGAUGGGUGGACACUUUUCACAAUGCAGGUAUAGUGGGUGCAACAGAAGCAGUUAAGGAGAUCACACUAGACAGUAAGGAUAAUUUAAAAAUACCAGAGUGUUCAGCAUCUUGUGAAGAUGAUGAUGAGGAAGAUGAAGGAGAAGCUGCAGACAUGGAAGAGUAUGAAGAAAGUGGGCUAUUGGAGACAGAUGAUGCAACACUUGACACAAGACAGAUUGUAGAAGCUAACAAAGCUAAAGUUGAUGUUGGAGGGGAAGAUGCUAUUCUACAGACUAGAACCUAUGACCUCUACAUCACUUAUGACAAAUAUUACCAAACUCCAAGGCUCUGGUUAUUUGGAUAUGAUGAGCAACGGCAGCCUUUAACAGUAGAGCACAUGUACGAAGAUAUUAGUCAAGAUCACGUCAAGAAAACAGUGACCAUUGAAAACCAUCCUCAUCUUCCUCCACCUCCCAUGUGCUCAGUUCAUCCAUGCAGGCAUGCAGAAGUCAUGAAGAAAAUAAUUGAGACUGUUGCAGAAGGUGGGGGAGAACUUGGAGUUCAUAUGUACCUUCUUAUUUUCUUGAAAUUUGUACAGGCGGUCAUUCCAACAAUAGAAUAUGACUACACGAGGCACUUUACAAUGUAACUAAAAUAAGAGAUGUACUCCUCUAAUUAUAAAAUCUUUUUUUAAAUAACCCAUCCAUGUGACUUACACAACAUUAUACACAAUUUCUGUAACUAAUCUUUUAUCAACUUGAUGCAUUAAAAUAAAAUGUUCCAUUACCAGCCUUUUUAAUAAAAA